AUGACUUCCACGCCUACCGAUCACGAGAUCGCUGCAACGCCCGCCACAUCCCCUUUCCCGUCGGAACUCGAUCCCCAUUCGGCCACCAUCUUCGCCAAGCUGUCUACUGAACAGCAAGAGGCCGCCAGAGCAGCAAAGGAACAAACCGGACAGCCCGACAUGGUCGGGAUCGUUGCCCCACAAAACUCACCGAGCCCCGAAGUCCGUGAUUCACCGACUCAAUCUCCCAAGUCACCAUCGCCCGACUGGACCAGGAAGCAACUCAGAAUCGUUCAAGAUGUGAUUCGGCCUACCGAAAGGCUGCUCAACUGUGUCAAAUCCAACGCCAGCAUGAUACUUCGGAAGCUUCAUCUCGAAUACGACGAAUGCAUGGACUUACUGCUGCUUUCGAACAACGUCCUUGAUAUUGCAACAAAACUUCAUGCGUCUCAAUGGGCCCUAGUAGUUACAGCAAAGGCCAAUAUCGCCCAGAUCCGAACUCUGAUCGAUGACAGCAACGAAGCCAGCAACCAGGCCAGCAGCAGCCAUCAUGCCGGCCAGAGAUCCUCCGACCAAGCAUUGAACAUUCCACGUGAUAUCAUUGGCCAACAGGUCAAGAUACUUGAACGUGCGUUACAAAACGCUCGAGACGCCGACGAGAAGGCCAACAAGAGCUAUGAAGGCAAGGCGAAAGCGGAAGAGCGAGUGGAAGAGAUUAUCACUCAAAUCAAGGCGUGCACAAAGAAGAUAAAGAAGUGGGAGGAGCGAAAGUCUCGAGCGGAAGCAGAGCUAAGGCACUUAUCGCUCUUGGUCACAUUCUCCAAGAUUGGUGAACAAGGUGUAAGGAUAUUGGAGGAGAAAUACCCGGGCCUCCUGAAGGAUCUGGGCGACAUGGCAAGAGAGUUUGAAGGGAACAACGAGUGA